AUGAAUUUGAUUAAGUACGUGGCUGUAAUAAAAGACAAAUCAAUUGAUCCUAUUAUAGAAAUAGAUCUUGAUGAUAAGAGAUAUGAAGACCAACUGAGAAGACUUCUACCUCAUAUUUUGGAAGGCUCAAUACACUCUUAUUCAUGAAAGGCUAGCAUUAUUAUCCAUUACAUAAACCAGGGUGGGUUUACAUAUAUAUGCAUCACUGAUCCAAAUUACCCUAAAAUUGGAGCCUUCUUAUUUCUAUAUGAAUUGAUUGAAAAGUUUCAGUCAGAUUACGAUGAGGAAGACGCAAGUGAGGUUGGAAAGCAGCUAAAUGAAGAAUUCACUAACUGCCUUCUUCUUUGAACGAACAAAACCAUAUAUUGGGAUUUUUUAAAUUUCGCAAAAAGAAAUUUUACUAUUAAACUUAUAUUUCGCUCAUGGAGGGCAGUAAAGAACUUUAUGAAAUUGUGCAGAAAAUUGACCAAAACCCUAAUAGUGACCUUUCCAAGAUCCCAGAUGGAAGCGCUGACAAAGUUAUUGGGCUGCUGGUUGAAGAUAUAAGCGAAGUCAUAGAAGAAAGCCAUGAAAAAACUCAUAAAGCUAAUGAAACUGUUGAGGAAGCAGCAAAACUCCUAGCUCAGCCACCUCGAAAGCAAAGAUGAAAGCUCCGAAAAAAUGUGAAAUCAACAAUUUUAGCUUCCACGAUGAUUGUUUUGAAUAUUUAUUUUUUCUCUGCUUUAAUCUGUGUGAUAAUAAUAAAAUGAGCACUCAUCAAAUCUAUUGUGCUCAAUAACACUUCCUCCUCCAUGAUAUUUAUUAUUAUAGUGUUCAGUUUUCAACUUGGACAUUUAUCUGCAAUGCCAAUGGAAUUACCGCAUAGGAUAAUUAGGUGGCCCAAGGAGAAAGAGACAUAUGGGUUUUACUGCCUGACUCAUUUGAGAAAGUGAAAAUUUGGUGUAACACGCCUAGAUUAAGGCUCGGACCAGCCAAACGUGAUUCACAAGUCCUUCAGCCCACAGGUGGAACUUUUAAGGAUGCCUAUUAGACAAGAUGACUGUUGAUCUAGCCAAUUUGGGAUUUAAAAGGGUGGACUUCUGUUUAAAACAUCCUACUAAAGAAAUUAAGCAUGUUAAAAUUUAAAUAGCAAUUAAGUAAGCUUUAAUCUGCGGAGGUUUUAGUUUUAAACAUUGUUUUAAAUAA